AUGACUCUGCAAGGCACCUUCGCCAACAUUGUCGCCGCACUGAACCAGUACUCCCUCGAAACAAACAACAACACCAUCAACGGCACAGCAUAUAGCCUGCAGGUCCAUGUGCGAGUCCAAUGGCUUUGGCUACUCCUACCCGGUCUCUUGGUUCUCUUAGGCGACACGUUCUUCCUCCUAACCCUUCAAGGAAAUCGACAACAAAAAGGGUCCCUGUGGAAAUCGUCGCUUCUGGCACAUCCUUACCAUGGCUUAGAUAACGUGGUCAGCGCUGGAGGGAUUAACAACUACGCCACUGCUAGCGAGAUGGAGAGUGCUGCUGAGGGAGUCAAGGUCCGCUUGGAGCAUUCUUCACUGCAUCGACGGGAUGUAUUGCAUCAAAAAUAG